AUGAAAGGUUUAUCAGUACUCUUAGCUUUAGUGCUCCUGGAAGCCAAAGGGAUUUCAAACUCCCAGCAAUCAAUUGAGGAUUUUAAUUAUGCAAUUGAAAUAACAACGGCUCGACAAUAUUCUGGACAGCUUGGACGCACAGUGGGUCGAACUCGCAAAACCUUAAAGCGUACAAUGGAAUUGCCAGAUGAAAGUAUGCUGGGAAAUAAAACGGAAAACUAUUGCUGCUUUUGGUUAUAUCAAAAUCAUCCAGCAUUGCCAGAUGAUUGGGAGCAUCGGGAGGAAUAUCCAUUUGAUUUCUUGUUCAAUGGCAACUUUAUCAAGAAUGAGCGCAACCCUAAGGCUGAAAUAGAUCACUAACUGUGCGUAAACUCCACAAAUUGUGGCUGAGUUAA